AUGGAAAGUGGUGACUUGGAAUCCCUGUCGCGAGUCGAAAUGUACCCCAACAAUCGAACACCAAAUGCCAUUAACCCGAAAUCCCAUCGAUUUCCACACUCCAUUGUGUGGACUCCUCUUCCUGUCAUCACAUGGCUCUUUCCACUCAUCGGACAUACCGGAAUUACCAACUCCAAAGGCCUGAUCUACGAUUUCGCCGGUCCCUACUUUAUAAGCGAGGACAACAUGGCGUUUGGGUGGCCAACAAGGUACCUGCAACUCGACAUGGACUCUGUCGGCGGAGCGGAGAACUGGGACAGGGCUGUCUACGAGGCCAAUACGAAGUACAAGGGUCGAAUGCACAACCUCUUCUGUGACAACUGUCACAGCCACGUGGCCUACGCGCUCAAUGAAAUGGGAUACAAGGGCUCGACCAGCUGGAAUAUGUACAGCGUUGGCUGUUUAAUCGGAUUUCGUGGAAGGUUCUUGGGUUGUCUCUCUUUUCUCCGCACUUUCGGUCCCUGUCUGGCGAUCUUCUCUGUCUUAAUCGCUAUUUUCUGUCUCUUGUAA